AUGGCAUUGAUUUCAAUUACAUUAAUAAUCAUUAUUUUUAUUAUUCUUAUUAUCUUUCGAUUAAAAACAUGGUUUGUUAAUUAUAUUAAAAUAUUAAAAAAUUAUGGAUCUGUACCAUGUCCACAAAAUAGAUUACCUCUAUUUGGAAAUCUAUUUAAUUUACCAUUAAAUCCCUAUCAAUUCUCUCAAAAACUGGAUUCAUUUUAUGAAGAAAGUAAACAUACAGCAUUGUAUUGUUUAUGGCUUGGUACAUAUCCUUUAAUUGCUUUUUUUCAUCCAGUUGGACUUGAGCAUUUUUUUAUUGGCUCAAAAAAUUUAACAAAAUCACCAGAUUAUGCGUAUCUUUAUCCAUGGCUCAGAACAGGUUUAUUAACAAGUGCUGGAGCAAAAUGGAAAAAUCGUCGACGUAUUAUAACGCCUGCAUUUCAUGAUAAAGAAUUACUUAAUAAUUAUGUUGACAUCUAUAACGAGCAAUCAGCUAUUUUAGUACAACGUUUGAGAUCAAUUGAAUCAGGAAAAGAAGUCAAUUUAUAUCCAUAUAUUGCAUCAUGUGCUCUGGAUAUUAUAUGCGAGGCUGCAAUGGGUUUAAAUAUUGGUGCUCAACAACAAAGAAAUUCACAAUAUGUUGAUGCUGUUUUGAAAUUAACAGAUAUAAUAUUAAGACGUCAACGUAUGCCAUGGUUGUGGCCUGAUUUAAUAUUUAAAUUGUUACCAGAAGGACGAAAUCAUGAUCGAUAUUUAAAAAUAAUUCAUCAAUUUACGAAAAAAGUUAUUGAUGAUCGUGCUCGAGAAUUUCAUACUGAUGAAAAUCGUGGAAAACGUUCUGCAUUUCUUGAUUUACUUCUUAAACAAAUGAGUGAUGAACAAUUAACACUUCUUGACAUUCAAGAAGAAGUUGAUACAUUUAUGUUUGAAGGACAUGAUACAACUGCAGCAGCAAUUAAUUUUACUUGUUUUAUGAUUGCAUUACAUCCAGAAGUUCAACAAAAAUUACAUGAUGAAAUCGAUCGAGUUUUUGGAAAUAAUCAUGAUCGUCCAUGUACAAUGGACGAUUUAAAUGAAUUAGAUUAUUUAGAAUGUGUUAUUAAAGAAACACUUCGACUUUUCCCAUCAGUUCCAUUUAUUGCACGUGAAGUACAAGACGAUUUUAUGUAUAAUGGUUAUAAAGUUUUAAAAGGUUCAACAGCUGUUAUAUUUAUUUAUUAUAUUCAUCGUGAUCCAAAACAUUUUUCUGAUCCUGAUCGUUUUGAUCCUGAUCGUUUUCUACCAGAAAAUAGUCAUAAUCGAUCAUCAUUUGCUUUUGUACCAUUUUCCGCUGGUUCAAGAAAUUGUAUUGGACAACGAUUUGCUAUGCUAGAAGAAAAAUCUAUGUUAUCAUGGAUAUUAAGACGAUAUAAAUUAAAAACAUCUCAAACACGUGAUGAUUUACAUCUUUCAUUUGAAAUUAUUCUUCGUUCUGAACAUGGUGCUUUUGUACAACUUGAACAUGAUAUGACUAAAAAUUCGAUUGAAAUUGAUUUUUCUGAAAAUAUUGAAAUAAAUCAUCCAAAAUGUGUACAUGGUCCAACAUUAUUAUUUCAUUCAUCAACAUCAAAGUUUUUUGCGUGUUCAGCUUGUCGAGAUCGUCAAGAAUGUGAUAUUUUUAUUCCGUAUGAAAAAAGAAAUGAAAAAAAAUCAAAAAAAAUUAUUGAACAAAAUGAAAAAGAAUAUGAAAGAUUUAAAAAACAUAUUCGAACAGUACAAAAAAAUAGAAAAAAAUUUAAUAAGCAACUAAAUAUUUAUUAUUGUUAUACUUGUUCGUCAUUAUUUUCCGAAAACGAACAAUCUGAUCAUAAAGAUCAUGAAUAUACGGAAUCUCUUAAUCGUCAACAAUUACGACAACCAUGUCAUUACAUUCUUCAACCACUUGAAAAUAAACGUAGUAAUGCACAAUUUUUCUUUUCACAAACAUUUAUUGACUAUAUAAUUAAUGAAAUUAUUUUAAAAAAUUCUUGGGAUAGUAUUAUUUGUGUUGGUUGUCCAACUAUUUUCGAAAAUCUUCAUCGUUUUAGUUCGAAAAAAAAAUUGAAUUCAUAUUUACUUGAUUAUGAUUUUCGUCUUUGUUCAUUUUAUUCAUCUAAACAAAUGCUUAUUUAUAAUAUGUUUAAUGGACAUAUAUUUUCAAAUGCAAAAUAUUUUCAAGAAAAAUUUCUUUCAAUAAUUAAAAAUUGUUUAAUUAUUAUUGAUCCACCAUUUGGUGGUUUUCAUCGUGCAUUAUCAUAUUCAAUUGAUAAAUUAUUUCAAUCAUAUGAAAUUAAUCGACAUUUAAUACUUUUUAAUCCAUAUUUUCUUGAAAAAUGGAUUAUUGAUGCAUUUCCAAAUUUAAAAAUGCUUGAUCAUAAAAUUGAAUAUACAUCAAUAUCAUCAUUAAAUUUAUGUCGUGGAAAAAAAGGUUCACCUGUUCGUAUGUUUACUGAUAUAUGUCGAUCAAAAUUUCCACCAUUAGAUGAUAUUAAUUAUAAAUAUUGUUUCGAAUGUAAUCGUUAUACAUUAUUAACAAAUCAACAUUGUUUUCAAUGUCAAUCAUGUACAUCAAAAGAUGGUUUACCAUAUAAACACUGUUCAUUAUGUCAACGAUGUGUUAAAGCUGAAAGAAUACAUUGUAAUACAUGCAAUGUAUGUCAUUUACCAAAUCAAUGUAUGAUAAAGACAAAUAAAAGAAAACAUUCGUUGUCAGAUAAACAAAAGAAAAGAAAAAAAAAUUAA